AUGAGGAAUGAAAGAAGAAAAGAAAAAAAUGAUAAUUAUAAUAAUGAUAAAAAUAAUACAAAAUCUAAUGGGGUUUUUGAGUGAUAGAAAUUUCGUUUUACACUAUUUUAUGCGUACAGGAAAUUCUCUUUAAAAUGAUUUUGUAUAUGAAUGUAUAUGAAUUAUUAGAUCUUUGGACUCUGGGACUAAUGACCGGGAGGACUAAAGGGAGUUCGUGAUUGGACGAUGCAGAAAUAUUAGCAUUUCGCUCGCAACUUUGAAAUUGAGACAAGCGGCCAGAACUUGUUAUUUUCUUUGAGUUCACUUAGUUUGAAUCAACACAGCUGCCAGUGAAGAAUAUAAGCUGAUCUGAGUUUAUGGCCAAUAUGGCUGGGUUAAAAAAGGCAUGUAAAGUCCAAGUGCUUGUGCGAUUGCGACCCGAACAUUUGGACUACAAAGAGAAAAGCGAUGGCAAUGGAAUUCCGCAGCGCUGUGUUCGUGCAGUUGAUUCUUCUACCCUAGAGAUUUGGAACUGUAGAAACUCUAAAGAGUCAAUUCGAUACCGUUUUAAUAGGUUUUUUGACGAAGACAGCACACAGGAAACAAUUUUCCACAACUCAGUUCGUUCACUGAUUCCCUUCGUGUUACAAGGACAAAAUGCCAGUGUGUUUGCUUACGGUCCCACUGGAGCAGGGAAAACACAUACCAUGGUUGGCUCACCAGAAGAACCAGGGUUAAUACCAAGAUGUGCAGCUGAACUGUUUAAACUGAUAGACACACACCAUCAGGAUCCAACUCUGCUGUGGAAGUACAAAGUUUUGUUUUCAUAUCUUGAAAUAUACCAAGAGAAAAUUAUAGACUUGUUAGAUCUCAAGAAGGAUGAUUUACCCAUAAGACAAGACCAGCAACAAAAUAUCCUCAUCCCAAAUUUAACAAAGAGGGAAAUAGAAACACUGGGCGAGUUUAUGUCCUUGUUUGUAAAAGCCAGCCACCAAAGGAAAACUGCAGCUACAAAGUUGAAUCCACAAUCAAGCAGAAGUCAUUCUAUUGUGUUGAUACAGGUUAAAAAACACAACCAAGUGGCUCAAGUCACAAAACUCAUUGGGAAGUUUUAUCUUAUCGACCUGGCAGGAUCAGAGGAUAACAGAAAGACUGGGAAUGAAGGAAUAAGGUUGAAAGAAAGUGGUGCUAUCAAUAGCUCAUUGUUUGCUCUGGGACAAGUUGUUGAUGCCUUGAACCAGGGCUUGUGUAGGGUACCCUACAGGAACAGCAAAUUAACACGCCUUCUUCAGGACUCACUCGGUGGCUCAGCGCAUUCUUUUAUGAUUGCCAACAUUGCACCUGAAAUGAGGUUCUAUGCAGAUACGGUCAACACUCUGAACUUUGCUUCCAAGUCAAGAACUAUCGUUAACGAGCCAUUUGUCAGGAGAACAGUCGACAAGUCGUUGGGCUGUAAGAGAUAUAGAGAUGUGGCUCCACUUCCGAGACAGGCAAAGCGACGCAAGAAGGAUGAUUCUUUAGAAACACACGAGCUUUCAAAGCCCACCCGAAAGCCGAUUAUUGAAUCGCAAAAGAUAACCAUCCCUGCUGGAAUUGUAAGUCCCCUCAGAGCUGAGCAGGGGAAGAUACAAGAUCGCCUGGCUGCUCUAGAAAAAUUAACCAGUGGAGAGACUUUGACUUGGAUGACGGUGCAACCUGGCACCGAUGCCACAAAAGUCCCUUUUUUUAGUGGGUCCUCUUCAGGUAAAACUACCGAGCAAAAACUACCUUCCUCUCAACAAGCUGUAGGGCUUAUCGGUAAGCCUCUUGAAGACCGAAACAGGUCAGCCAGUACGUUCGAUGCAAUCUGGCCAGAGUCGCCCCGCAGGACUUCAAACAUUACUCUUGUUGAAUCCUCACAAAGCAGUCAUCAGGAAACCAUAUUGACCACAUUGGCCGUGGAUGAAAAUUUCAAGGUCAAGAUUAACCCUCACUUACAAGAGGCACAUAAAAACGAAAUUUUGCAGGUCCUGAAUGAUGGUACAAUCAAAGACUUAAAAAGACUUCAAGGCGUGGGUCACAAGCGAGCCCAACUCCUACUGAAUUGGAGAACAAUACAUGGGCCUUUCCAGCAGGUUCAAGAUUUAAAACUAAUCGAUGGUUUCACAGACAAAAUGGUUACUUCCUUUCUUAAGAACAAUCUUUUAAGCCGAAUCACAUUCAGCUGAGGAUAGAACCACAUAGUUAAUCAAAGUUGAAACAUUCUUCGGGGGCUUCUCCCUUCAUGCCUUAAUCAGAUACUACACUAGAGUACUGUCUCAAUAGAAACGCUGCAUAGAUAUUCAGAACAUAGCUAGUUCUCUGUAUUUAAAUAAGAUGAAUGUUCAGAUUUUGUUCAAAAGUGUUGCAGCUGGUUUUCAGUGCGACAUAAACAAAGGGAAAUUAACAUGUGCAGCUGCGUUCAAGUGUUGUAACUGCAGCUUUUGUGCAGUGAAGUUCUACUUUUUGUGUCUUGCCUCUACACUGAAAAACAGUUCACAGAUAUUCAAAUGAACAUGGACAAUUUUUAGUUUUGCUGAUGAAGUCGAUAGCUGCUUUAAUUCCAAAACUGAUGAUAAGCGAUCCUAAGUCACAGAGAAAUCGUUUUUUAAUUAUAUCAAAAAAGAGCCAUGAGCUGCAUAAAGUGCGAGAAUUUUAAAUUAGUGGAUUUUUAAUAAGAUCUAUUCAAUCAGAAGGUCACUUUUAAUGUUUCGCUGUACUAUAUAUUCUUGUACCAAGGCCAAUAAAAUCCAGCUCUACAAGGUAA